AUGGGACAUGUGACAGGGCAUGGCAGCGAGCUGAGAGGAGGCCCCGUUUCCUCCUCCGUCAUCCUCAUCACGGCCUCACAUCACAGCCUCAGCGACAGGCCCUCUAGAAGCUGCCACACAAAAGAUAAAAUCCCCAGGUCCUGGGCCAGCACAGCUAAAACCCCUCAACCGCUGAGGGCCAGGAGGCGGCAUCUCCCGGGGAGAAACAGCGCCACCCAGCGGUCCAGCUCCGCGCGGCUGCCAGGGCUGCUCCUUGUCCUGCCGUUUCUAGCCGGCGCUGCCCUUUCUGUGCUCCCGGCUACCGCCGCUGGAUCACACAGUCUUCAUUACAACCUCAUGGUGCUGUCCCGGGAUGGAUCUGUGCAGUCCAGCUUUUUCGCUGGGGGACACUUGGAUAGCCAGGCCUUCCUGCACUAUGACCGUGAGACAGGCAAGGUAGAGCCCCGGGGACUGUGGGCAGAAGAGCUGGGAGCUGAGACGUGGGACACAGAGUCCAAGGACUUGACAGAGACCUGGAAGGACCUCAGAAAGCUUCUAGCAGAAAUCCUGGCCCUGCAGGAGGAGAAAGGAGGUGUGAAUUCCCUCCAGGAGAUCGUGGGCUGUGAAAUUCAAGAAGACAACCACGUGGGGCUUCAGGCUUCUUACCAAGAUGGGGAGCUCUUCCUCUCCUCUCACCUGGAGACCCAUCGAUGUACAGUACCCUAGUCGUUGGGUCCGACCUUGGCCAUGGAAAUGGAGAAGUCCAGGGACACAGAUGGCUUUCAAAGCAAGUAUUACUGGGCCCACGUGCAGGGAGAGCUUUGUGGAAGACCGCGGGGCUAUCUGGAAUCCUGGACAGGCUUCAGGGAGAGAACAGGGCCCCCAGCCGUGAACGUGACCCGCAGCCAGGACUUGGAGGGCACGGUCAACCUCACAUGCUGGGCUUUUGGCUUCUUUUCCCGGAAUAUCUCAGCGGCCUGGUUUCCAGAUGAGGAACCCAUGAGCUGGGAAGCCCAGCAGUCUGGGGGUGUCCUGCCUGAUGGGAAUGGGACCUACUGGACCUGGGUGACCAUAAGGGUUCCCCAAGGAGAGGAACAGCGUGUCAAGUGCCACGUGGAACACAGCGGGAAUCACAGUGCACACCCUGUGCCCUCUGCCGUUAGCCUACAAGACCUGGAUCAAUGCCAGAUGGAGCCAAGUGACCAUAAUGGCCUCACACAACCGGGAUUUCAGUCCUCGUUGUCAGACCCUGCGUCCAUCAGUUCCACUGGGGGAGCUUAGAAUCUGCUGCCAGAGGCCUGAAUUCAGCUCCCUCUUCUGGUCUUACUAGCACUUUCCCUUUUG